AUGAGCUCCAAGCCCCGAGGUUGCUUCCAGUGCUCCAAACGCCGAAUUAUCUGCGACGGAGCCGAACCCGUCUGCAAGAAGUGCCAGAAGAAAAAUUUAGAAUGCUCCGGCCUCGGACGGUUUAGAUUCUCAGACGGGCUCGCUAGGCGAGGCAAGCUGAAAGGAUGCAUCGUCCCCGUUGCCAACCUUCCUCCAUCCGAGGCCUUCCCAGCCCAGCCCACGAAUGCGGACCGAUCCCGGCCACAAAAACUUCAGUGGAAGAAUGAGCAGGGCGGUCGUACACGGCGAAAGGUGAAGAAGGCGAAAGAUAUCCGAGGAAGCACCGAGGUAGUCAUUGAACAGCAGGGGGAUGGUACUAGUGAGCAAGCCUUGGUGCCCACAACAGUUGGUCAAUGGAUCGCUCCGCUGAACUCCAGGACACGAAUGCUCUUUUCUCAUUUUGCAAAUGAGGUCGCCCCUGUUAUGGUGAUCCUGGAUAAUGUCUCCAAUGGUUAUCGAGAGCUCCUUCUCCCCAUGGCCUGCCACGAUGAAGUCCUACAACACGCUAUCGCUGCAGUCGCCUCCCAACAUAUCGCUGGCCGAUAUCCUGCAAUGCAGCCUGCCGCUGAGUCUGAACGUGCUGCCGUUAUUUCGCGUCUCCGACGGGACUCGCUACAGCCAUCGCCAGACCGCGUAUUCAACGCGUCAACCUGGGCCACCUUGAUUGUCCUGUUGGUCGGGGAGACGAUUACUGGAAGUUCGGAAUACAAGUUCAAAUUACUCGGCCGACCAAUGUUGGGAGAGACUCAAGGAAUUCACGCUUUACAACUUCCAAUCGAGCGUUACCUUGAUUGGACCGUAUAUGACCUCCCGCCGGAAUCGAAACAUCAUCGGGUGCUCGCCUUGUCGCGACUAGCAUUCAUGAAAGCCUCGCAAAUAUACCUCGGUAGGGCGAUGGUGGAUCAAGACCAAUGGGGCCUGUUGGAAAGCCUGAAGCAGGUCGUCAGCCAGAUCGACCCAGACGAGCCCGGAUCCCACGCCCUCGUGUGGGUUUGUUUCAUUGCCGCAGCUGAUAGCAGAGACCCAGAGCAUCGCGAAUUCUUCACCGAUCGUAUGAACAAGGUAUACGCAAAGACACAGUUUCGCAAUAUAUCGGCUGCAAUUGAAUCCCUACCGGGAAUUUGGUCUGCCCAGGGCUCAGGCCGCUGGACAAAAGAGCUAAUUCCGACAUUAGUCAUGUGA